AUGAAAGGCGAGCGUAAGGACUGGAAGGGCAAACCCUCGAGGGAAGACUUGUCCUGUGAUGACCUGCUGUUUCUGCUCAGCAUUCUGGAGGGAGAACUACAGCAGGCCAGAGAUGAGGUGGCAGCCAUGCUGAGAUCAGAAGGGACAGAUUUGCGUCUGCUGGGAGCCCGCUACGGUGUCGGUGGAAAGGAGGCGGUGCUCCGCGCCCUGCGGAGAGACGCCGUCCUGGCCCAGCGGGGCUGCCCGGAGGAUGUGCACGAAAAAUCGACCGCCGAGGUACCAACACUCAGAUGUUCGGCAGAAGCCCAGGGGAGCUCCAACAAACAGCCGACGGAGCAGAUUGGGGAGGGGUUCCGUGCUCGCAAUGAGGCUCUGCGGAGGAUAGAGGAGCUCGAGAGGAGCCACGAGACCUUCAUCCAUCAGACCAAAUGCCUGGUUACACUACAAGAGCAAGACAGAGACAGACUUAAGCUCCUGUUGACAAAGGAAAGAAAAUACCAUGAAAUAAAGGACAAGAAGAAAGACGGAGAGCUGUCAAUCCUGAAAGAGGAGCUGACCAAGCUGAAGGCUUUUGCGCUGCUGGUUGUGAAGGAGCAGCGGUGUCUGAGCGAGCUGGUGGAGGAGCAGAGGUGCAAAAUCAACCAUCUGAGGACCAUCGCUGACGUUAUCGGACAGGGAGUCUGUGCUGCUGAUCCCAGGGGGAAGAAGAAGAGGGGGCUUCAAUCCUCAUAUCUUCAGGAGGAGCAGCGCGAUCGAGUUUCAAACUUCCACCUUUACCAGAACAAAAUGGCAGCUCCGAGCCUGCUGACAGAGGUGGAGGUGCUCCGGAGAAGGGUGGUGGAAAUGGAGGGAAAGGACGAGGAGCUGCUGCGCAUGGCGGACCAGUGUACAGACCUGGACCGCAGACUGGCAAAGGAAACCGGCACGAGCCGCAGGCUGAAGGCUGAGGUGGACAAGCUCAGCGACAGGAUCAGUGAACUUGACAGGGUGGAGGAGGCUUUGGGGAAAAGCAAACAGGACUGUAAUCUACUGAAGAGCAGCCUGGAGCGAGAGAGAGAGGAGGGCAACAGGUUGUCCCGGGAGCUUGAUGCUUUGAGACUCCGGGUGAGGGAGCUUGAGGCCGCCGAGGGCCGACUAGAAAAGAGCGAAAUGGUGGUCAGACAGGACCUGGGAAAGCUCAGGUCUCUGACUGUGGCCCUGGUGGAGGACAGAAAGAGUAUGGCGGAGAAACUCCGUCAGGCAGAAGAAAAUAUCUACAGGAAGGAAGGCAAAAGGAACGAGCAGGCUCAUUUGGCAACAAUGACAGAGAGGCUGAGGGAAGAGAGGCAGCUGGCACUGAGGUCCAGGGCAGACUUGGAGGAGAAAAUUAAGGGCAUCGAGAAGGAAAAAGAUGAGUUCCGAGACAGACUAAAAACAGAGGAGGAGAGGAACAGAGAGCUACAGAGUAAAAUCACCAUUAUGAAAAAAAAAUUAAAUGCCUUUGACAACAGGAAAGAAAAGGAGGAGUAUACAAACUGCUCCAUUCCAAACAACGCCACCUACCACUUCCAAACAGAGGACAACAAGGUUAAAGAGCUGAACCAGGAGUGUGACAGGCUCCAGCAGAAACUCAAAGACAGGGAGGACUUAGAGGGAGAGCUGAGAAAAGUAAAGUACGACUAUGAGUGCUUAAGAAGGAGGCUCCAAGAUGAACAGAGGAGGUCAGAGGCCCUGACAGAGGAGCUGGAGGUGACAAAGAAGGAGCUCUGCAGGUACGAGCAGGCCGAGAAGCUGGAGGUGAACCAGGAGCACCUUCUGCUCUGCUACCUCCAGAAGGAGCAGGUGAAGUCCAGGCUGUUAACCAGAGAGGUGGAGGCCCUGAAGGAGAAACUCCAGAAGCAGUUAGGUGCAGAGGAGUCUAUCUGCAGGGGGCAGAUGGAUCAAUCCGCCCUGCAGAGGAAACUGACUGAGCAGGAGGCCAAGAACCAACAGCUGACCAGAGAGAUGGAUCAACUAAAAAAUGAAGUAGAUGGUUACAGAAAAGGACAGAACAGGACACAAGAUGUCAAGAAACACUGCUCAGAUUACCAUCAAAUAACCAAAGAGGUGCAAACUGAACCUGCAGAGAGAAUCCUUUCUGACUUUAAUGGGCACGGUGGGAGACUAGACCAGGAGAAAGAAACAAAUCAAGACGUUGCAAAUGGUAAAAGCCUGAACACAGCAAAUAACAACAUGAGCCGGCACAACAGUCACUUGGAAAUAGACCCGCACCAGGUAGUUAAUGGAGAAGUGAUGAUGUUAACGCACACAUCUGGGCAGCCCUUGCACAUCAAAGUGACGCCGCAUCACGCGCUCAACACGGCCACGCUGAAGAUCAGCGGCCCGUCCGGAGAGGCGGCCGCCUCCUACACCAGCACGGCGGUCAUCCCGGCGUCUGGAGCCUCGCCCAAACAGAGAAUAACCAUCAUCCAGAGCCCGGGACAGUCGCCGGCCACGCACAGGACCCCCGGCGCCGGCCUCAACCGCGCCGUCUCGCCGCCAGACGGGAUGCCGGCCUCUCGCCUGCUGACUCAGAACUCAACUCGCUCCCUCACGCCCGACAACGGCGGCUCGCCCAUCCAGAUCGUCACGGUGAGGACCUGCUCUCCGGAGCCGGCGGAGGCGAAGGAUCAGGCCGCGUUCUGCCAGACGCCCGAGCAGCCCGACGGUUGGAAACGCCACGGGUCCAACAGCGCCGACGCCGGCCCCAGUAUCAUCACGACAGAGGACAGCAAGAUCCAAAUCCAUCUGGGGAGCCCGUAUAUCCAGCCAAUGAACGGCACGACCCCCGGCCCCUCGCAGCCUGCCGGGCCCUACUAUCUGCGACACGAGCAAAGGACUCAGGUGAUCGCUAACGGCUGUCACGUCACAGGUGUUGGAAAGAUUACAAGCAGUAUCACCAUAUCUCCUGCUAAUGCUUCUGCAACACACUCAUCAAACAUUACAGUAAGUGGCCUCUGUGACUAGGGUCAGACACCAAAUGCAAAAAAAUUUCCUCUCGUUUGGAAAAACAGCCACUGACAAAUUACCCGAUGGACUCCUAGAAUAGCUUGCCUUCCUUUAACUAUGUACAAACACACCUUGUGAUUAAUGUGUGUGCUUUAUGCUAUUGUCAUUUUUUUCUUUUGAAAUGUUCUUAUUCCUGUGUUCAUUAAAACGUGCUUUUUCUUAUGAGUUAGUGUUGAGUUGCUUUUAAAGGUCUUGAUUUACUAGCCAGUUGGAAUUUAGAAUAUAAUCAG